AUGUUUUCUCCAAAAUCGUGUUGGGUCCUGGUCCUUGUGGCAGUGGUAGCUAUUGAUAUUUGUUACGGUGUCUAUGUACCCGAUGCGCAAUGGAAUAAAUAUAAGCUGAAAUUCAACAAAACCUAUCCGAACGCCGCAACCGAGAGUAAUGCCCGUUUUUAUUAUGCCUACAAUGUGGAAUGGAUGGCCCAACACAAUAGCCAAUAUGAACGGGGACAGAAGACUUUCAAAUUGGCCGAAAAUCAAUUUACCGAUAUGCGAUUGAUACACUUCAAUGCCAUGUUCCCAGUGGCCACACCACCCACAAUCUCAAAUGCCUCACCACCACCCCAAAUACCAACUGUCAUACCACCCACAUAUGAUAUUUCGAAAAAUUUCGGUUACACCAUUAAAAUUGAAGAUCAAGGUAUGGCCUGUAAUAGUGGUUGGUCAUAUUCCGCUGUCAAAUCAAUUGAAAUCUUCAAUGCCAUUCAAACGGGAAAUUUCACUCCUGCCUCCCUGUCCGCUCAACAAUUGAUCGAUUGUGCUGGCCAAACCACAGCCUGUACCAAUCAAGCGCCCCAGACAGUGUUCGAUUAUUUGUCGAAGUACGAGAUGCCAUUGAUGCCGGAGUCGGAAUACCCAAAUGAUAUCAAUCAGACGGAGGCUGGUAUGUGUUUGGUACGUGGCAACACUGGCGUGAAAUUAUCACAAUAUUCUGUCGUCAAAGAUAAUGAUGAUGAAUCUUUGAGAAAAUAUAUUGGUUCUGGAUUUCCAGUCAUUGUGGAAAUAAAUCCCACCUCAUUUGAAUUUAUGCAUUAUUCGGAGGGUAUCUAUGAACCGCCAACUACCGCCACUAGGGGUUCACAUUUUAUGACUGUCAUUGGUUAUGAAAGGGAUGCGGUGACAGGAUUGGAUUAUUGGUUAUUGUUGAACUCCUUUGGCAGGACAUGGGGUGAAAGGGGCUUUGUUAGGCUGCUAAGAAAUACGAAUGUGAAAUUGGCCAAAAAUGCCAUAUUCCCAAGUGUUUUGGGUUAA